AUGUCACCUGCCCAUGGAGUUUCUUUGGAGAUUGACACUUUACAAAUUAGUAGCCUAUUCAAGCUGAAAGAGCACCAGAGAGCCACCUCAAUGGAAAGCACACAAGAGUUUAGCAGCAGUACCACUCAUGUGCCGAGCAAAGGCCAGAGCCCCACGAGAAAACAAGUGCAGACUCAGAGCAGAGCUGCUGUCUGGAGUGUGGACCUCACUACCCUGGCAGGGUCCAUGGGAGUGGCAAUGAGCGCGGUGCUGUCAGCAUUCAUGAGAGAGCUCCCUGGCUGGCUCCUGUUCUCUGGGGUCUUCCUGCCUGUGACUUUACUGCUGCUCCUCCUCAUUGCUUACUUCAGAAUCAAACUGAUUGAGGGAGUCCAGAACAGCUGCGGCGAGACCAAAUGA